AUGUGUCCGACAGACUGUGACUGCAGCUCUUACGGAUUUAUUAACACCUGUUUGAAAUCGCUGGUAGUUGAAAAGUUUGGCGAGGAGACGUGGGUCAAGCUGAGGGAUGAAGCUGGGGUCCAGGACACGUUCCUGACAUAUGAAACCUAUAAAGAUGAAAUUACCAUGCAGUUAGUAGCAGAAGCCUGCAAGCUGCUGGGAGUGAAACCAGAAGUUGUCUUGAAGCAGUUUGGAGAAUAUUUCUUUGAGUUUUGUAAACGCUCUGGCUAUGACCACAUGCUGCGGACUCUGGGAGGAAACUUAUUUGAAUUCACUGAGAAUUUGGAUGCACUUCACAGCUACCUCGCCCUUUCCUACAAGGAGAUGAAUGCACCUUCAUUUCGGGUGGAGAGGAACCCUGAUGGUACAAUGUUUCUCCACUACUACUCAGACCGCAGAGGGCUCUGCCACAUUGUUCCUGGUAUUAUUGGAGCUGUUGCUAAAGACUUUUUUGACAGUGAGAUAACAAUGGAAAUUGUUAACCAGCUGGAGGAGCUGGAAAGAACUGGGAAGAAAGAGCAUGUGGUUUUUUUGGUAACACAGUGGCCAGCUACUGAAGCCAGGUCCAGCAGUAAAACUGGGAAUUUUCCAAGGACCCAAUCCAUCCAGACUUUGGCUAACAGACGUAAUGCUCUGAUCUGGACGAAAGAGCCCCUCCAUCAAAAGAGAUCCAGUGUCAGCUUCUCUAUUCGCAGGAGUCACUGGGAAACAAUCAGAGGGCUGGUCCAUCUUGGGAAAGGCAAACUGUUGAGGGGCUUUGAGCCAGUGUAUCCUGUGGCCCUUAACAUUGAUCUGAAGACUUUCUGCCAUGCUUUCCCAUUCCAUAUAGUCUUCGAUGAGCAGCUGGUGGUGCACCAGGCUGGAGUAAAUCUCCAGAGGAUCGUCCCUGUGCUCCAGAAUAUGAGCAUCCACCUAGACCAGUACUUCAGCAUAGUACAUCCUGAAGUCACCUUCACCAUCUCGAGCAUCAGGAAGUUCAUCAACAGCCACUUUGUUCUGCAGACGCGCAGAGACAUGUUGCCUGCUGCGUGGAACGACAGACCAAUGCUGCAAUUAAGAGGUCAGAUGAUCUGGAUGUCCUCUCUCAACUGUAUGUUCUAUCAAGCCUCUCCUCUACUGAGAAGUCUUCAGGAGCUGGAGGAGCGAGACAUGCACAUUUCUGACAUUGCCCCCCAUGACGUCACCCGCGACCUCAUCCUGCUCAAUCAGCAGCGACUGGCUGAGAUGGAGCUGUCCAGUCAGUUGGAGAGGAAAAAGGAGGAGCUCCGCCUCCUGUCUCAACACCUAGAGGAAGAGAGGAGAAAGACGGAGAACUUGCUGUACGCCAUGUUGCCCAAGCAUGUAGCCAACCAGUUGAAAGAGGGCAAGACAGUAGAAGCAGGAGAAUUCAAAGAGUGCACCAUCCUGUUCAGUGACGUAGUGACCUUCACUAAUAUUUGUUCCAUGUGUGAACCCAUCCAAAUAGUCCUCAUGCUUAACUCCAUGUACCUCCGAUUUGACCGACUCACAACUGUGCAUAAUGUUUACAAGGUUGAGACAAUAGGGGAUGCCUACAUGGUGGUAGGUGGGGUUCCCAUACCAGUCUCAAGCCAUGCCGAGAGGGUCGCCAACUUUGCCCUCGGUAUGAUUUUGGCUUCCAGAGAGGUCAUUAACCCUGUGACAGGAGGGCCCAUUCAGAUCCGUGUGGGUCUCCACAGUGGUCCUGUAUUGGCAGGUGUAGUUGGGGAGAAGAUGCCUCGCUACUGUCUGUUUGGAGACACUGUCAACACUGCCUCUCGCAUGGAGAGUCACGGCCUUCCCAACAAGAUCCAUCUGAGCCCGACUGUCUACGAUGCUCUGAAGAAUAAAGGCUUUGUUAUCCAGAAACGAGGUGAGAUCGAGGUGAAGGGGAAGGGCAGAAUGACCACUUACUUUCUUGAAAGGAACCUGGGAGUCAGCGAGCAGCAGAUCAUGGGUCUCUCAGAUUCGGAGGGUGGGGUCGGACAGCAGAACAGCAAGAUGAGGUUCCAGCCAGGAAUCCAAAGACCAGCUUUUCAGCGGCAGCGCAGGGAUGACCUUUGCUUGAUCCCGAUGACAUAUGGAGACAGCCUGAGUGAACCCCCGCCGACAUCACAUAUGUCUGAUCCCCAGACCUGCCCACCUAUCAAGCCCCGGGACUCAGAAAGCUACGGAAGCCUGCACUCCGACGAUCAGUUAGAAGAUGCAACUCUCGACCAGUUAAAAGAUGCAGACGAAUUUGGCAAAACUGAGGUCAUAAACACACAGGAAAAUGUAGAUGUGGACACUGAGGAACAACACUCAAUCACUACUGCUGUGGAAACCAACUGUCAUAGCAAACACACCAGAACCAGCAUAUGUGUGGUCUUGUGA